AUGGUCAAAGUAGCUAUUGCUGGUGGCUCAAGCAGCAUCGGCAAAGCCAUUUUCGACGCCAUUGGGAAACUCGGAGUCGACGAUGCCAUCAUCUUGGGGCGGAAGGCAACCGGCGACUCCAAGAUAAUGGUUGUCGACUACACGAGCAUCGAAAACCUAACGCAGGUUCUCGACACAAACCAGGUUCACACGGUCAUCUCGACCGUGUCAAUCGCUGAUGAUGCCAGCGGAAUGGCUCAAAUGAACCUCAUCAAGGCCGCUGUUGCAUGCCAGCACACCAAGCGGUUCAUACCGAGCGAGUUUGGAGCCAAAUAUGAUGACGAGUUCAUCCGCGACGUCCCGACUUACGCGUGGAAGUUCAAGGCAGUUGACCGUCUGAAGGAGACCGAUCUUGAAUACACGCAGUUCUCGAACGGAAUGUUCAUGGACUACUGGCUCGCGCCACGCAUCGAGUCCGCAUUUCGACUCAAUCUUCCAUGCUGGAUCGACCUUGGCAACCACGUUGCAGCCAUCCCCGGUGACGGGAAUCACCCCAUAGUAUUGACUCACUCGCGCGAUAUCGGGCGCUUCGUCGCAGCAGUGCUGGGUCUGCCUCGCUGGGAGCGCAGGUACUACCUGGCGGGAGACAGGUUGACGGUCAAUGACUUCGUCGCCAUCGCGGAAGAAACGAGUGGUGUCAAGUUUGAAAAGAAAUAUGACAAGCUGGAUGUCUUGCGAGAGGGUAACUGCAUCCCACUUCCGGCGUGGGAGGGAAAGAUUCCAUCGGCUUACAAGAGUACCGUCAUGCAACAGGUCGCGCUUUCUGGGAAGAGAGUUGCGCAAGGCGCCCAGGGUCCUUCGGGACCGACCGCGACCCCGAAGCUGAAGCCGGAGGACCUAGCGUGGGAUCCGGCGUGGAUCCCUGACCGCCCCGGCCGGGGCUUCUAUCGCAUUCCGGAGAGGAACUUAGCGAGGCAUCAUGGGGGCUGGGGUGACUCUGAGGAGAAGAGGGUGAAGACCGAAGAGGCUCCUGCUCAAGAACGAACGCCAGAGUACGUUGUCAAUGACGAACGAGAUUCAAAGGUUUCUGACAACGAUGCGGCAAAGCCCUCGAUGGACUUUCCACAUCCGACCAUGUCUAUCCCACCGCCUGCUGUCGAAUUUGGUUUCCGAGUAGCAGUGCAGCUCGCUAGUGUUAGCGUCCACACUGCUGUCCCAGAUAACGCGAAGGAGGUAGAGCUGUUCAGAGUCUCCAGUGGCUCGUGGUCGGGAUCUUUUGGAUCAGGCUUCGUUGUAGCGGGAGGGUAUUACAUUGACGACGCGUCAAACGCGAAACCGGGGACAAGCAAGGUCGGCGGCCUUUUGAAACUCUGGACCAAGGAUGAGAAGCCCGCAGAGUUCGAGUUGCGAAUCAGUGGAUCCUUGAGCGGACCAGCAGAUGUUUUGACCUCUCUCCAGAAAUCUCCCGAGAAAGAUGUGGAUUCAAGACAGUACUCCUGCCGCAUGUCAAUUCACGUGACGACGGGGGAUGAGAGGUAUGCCGAGACGUUGGGCGCCGGGCUUUGGGUUGCGAGUGGAGCAUGGAGUAAGGGCGAGUUUAUCAUUGACGCCUAUCGCGUCGUCUGA